CCACAAAUCCAAAAUUUUCAUUAAAUCUAGUGAGAGAAAAAAAAAAAUUACAGUAUGAAGAAGUCCCAAACGCAAACGCAGUUAUCCUCUUCACCGCUGAAACAAACGAUUGCGGUUGCGUCUAUCGCCGCAGGUAUUCAAUUCGGUUGGGCCUUACAACUCUCACUUUUAACUCCUUACGUUCAGCUUUUAGGCAUACCUCAUAAAUGGGCCUCACUGAUCUGGCUAUGCGGCCCAAUUUCGGGUAUGUUAGUCCAGCCCAUUGUUGGUUACCACAGCGAUCGCUGCGAAUCGCGUUUUGGUCGCCGUCGUCCUUUUAUAGCCGCCGGAGCAUUACUCGUCGCUAUCGCCGUCGUUCUGAUCGGUUACGCCGCCGAUAUCGGUGAGAUUUUAGGAGAUCGAGUUGAUUUAACGCCUAAACCACACGCAAUUGCUGUUUUCGCCGUCGGGUUUUGGAUUCUCGAUGUUGCUAACAACAUGCUUCAAGGACCUUGUCGAGCUUUGCUUGCGGAUCUCUCAGGUAACAGCGCGAAGAAGACGAGAACUGCGAACUCUCUCUUCUCUUUCUUCAUGGCCGUCGGAAAUGUACUCGGAUUCGCCGCCGGAGCUUUCGCUCAUCUCCACGACGCGUUUCCGUUCACGAUGACGGAAGCUUGCGAUGUCUACUGCGCGAAUCUCAAGAGCUGUUUCUUCUUCUCGAUUCUGAUUCUGAUGAGUCUAACGACGUUCGCGCUCUGGUACGUCGAUGAGAAACGGUGGUCGUCGACGGAGACGGUGACGGAAGUUAACGGCGGAGAAGAAGAUGGUGAGAUAAAGGAGGAAGUAACGGCGCCGUUAAAAGUUGUUAGAGUUCCGUUAUUCGGGGAGUUAUUCAGUGCGGUGAAGGAUAUGAAAAGACCGAUGGUGAUGUUGCUUUUGGUGACGUGUCUUAAUUGGAUUGCUUGGUUUCCUUUUCUUUUGUUUGAUACUGAUUGGAUGGGGAGAGAAGUGUACGGUGGUAACUCGGUGGGUAACGUUGACGAUAAGGCUCGGCGCGUGUAUAACAAGGGAGUACAUACCGGCGCGUUCGGGUUGAUGUUGAACUCGGUGGUUCUUGGAGUCACUUCGCUUGGGUUAGAGUGGUUGGCUCGUGGGGUUGGUGGUGUGAAACGGUUGUGGGGAGUUGUGAAUUUCAUUUUAGCGUUCUGUUUGGGGAUGACUGUUUUAAUUACUAAGGUGGCUGAAUCGAACCGUCGUGGAUCCGCCGUGUUAGAGACGGUGGUUAGUUCUUCUCCGCCGGUUGGUGUUAAAAUUGGAGCUUUGGCGUUAUUUGCUCUUCUCGGUGUACCUCUAGCUAUAACUUACAGCAUUCCUUUCGCAUUAGCAUCUAUAUUUUCUUCUUCUUCUGGUGCUGGCCAAGGAUUGUCGUUGGGGGUUUUAAAUCUUGCAAUAGUUGUACCACAGAUGGUGGUGUCGGUGGGAGCAGGACCGUUUGAUGAGAUGUUCGGAGGAGGAAACAUUCCGGGGUUUGUGUUGGCGGCGGUGGCUGCGGCCGUGAGUGGAGUUUUAGCGCUCACUGUGCUUCCUUCUCCACCGCCGGAAGCUGAUGUUCUCAAAGUUUCCACCGUGGGAGGACAUUAACUUGUUAGUUUUUUUAUCUCUAUUUUUCUGUUUAGUGUUUUUACCACAAAGAGAAACAAAGGUGGAAAGAGGAGAAGUUAGUGUAGAAACAUUAUAACUUCUGUUUCUUGACACAUGUAAAAUGCACUCGGAACGACUGUCAUUUUCACAUCAAUAGCAAUUUAAUGUACUUUUUAGAUAAGACAAAACAUGCAUGCAUGUUCUUAAUUUGGCAUGCAUCAUGUGAAUUGUUGCAUGGAAGUUGACUUUGUAGAUUAAUGGUUUGUGUGGAUAACGUUUUCAUAGUAGUCGUUGACACUUUCAACCAACCCGGCGGUGCCACGACGGUUCGAUUCAGCCACCUUAGUAAUUAAAACAUAAGGUGUUGCAUGGAACAAGAGUUAAGAGCAAGUUCAACGGUGAUUUUAAAGGGAUUGUAAAGAGAUGCUUGACAUUAAAAAUAAAUCAAAAUACAUUAUAAAUGUUAAAAUCGAUCCUAAGUUAAGCAUUUUUAGGAACAUUAAGCAUCUCAUAUGUGUUGGUUUCUGAUUGGUUGCUGAAAAUAACAAAAGAAAAAAAUAGAAUUCUCGACCGAAGCUUUUUUCUUCCUCUCUUGAGGACGGCAAUGGAUGUAACCAAGUCGUGCCCCAGAAAGAAGCUCAGUCGAAACCUAGCUAACGGUGCGGCUGAUUGGGAAGUGUCUUUUGCGAAUGUUGCUGCAAAGAUGGAUCCUUCAGAUCUAACGGAUUUCCUGGACAAAUUGCCGGUACAUGCAAUCCUUCUCAAUCUCUCAUCUUUUUAAUCAAUCAAAAUUUCCCAAUUUUUUUGGUUUGGUUUGUUAAUUUCCCAAUAGGACAAGUAUCCGCCUGUGCCCAUAUGUCUCGGCUAACGAGAUUUCUCGAUUACUAUGACACUGCACUUUCCGGAGUAUCAUGUCCAUGGCGUGAGAUUUUCAAGGAGUCUAAUUUGGCCAGGCUGAUCAAUAGAACUGUAGAAUCUCCAUCUUCAGCUUCAGUUUCCUGCAAGCCCAAAACCUGUGAAAGAAUCUGGAAAUGUCCACCAUGAUAAAGUUAGUAGAGAUGGUAAACACAACAAUAGUGGAUAGAAGCCAUCUGUGAAAUGGAAUGAUGUUGCUGGACUUGAUGGAGCUAAACAAGCUUUACUGCAGAUGGUGAUACUACCGAGAGUACUCUUCGUAAAAUGACUUAUAGCUGGACUUGAUGGAACUAAACAAGCUUUAUUUUGUAGGAUGCCGUCUCUCAUACAAAUGUCAAAACCUUGCAACUGCAGCAGCGAGACAUUCUCUGCUCUCCAGGAUCAUAUAAAGCUUGCUCUCAAGUCUUCAGGAUCUUAUACAUUUCUAACUUGUUGUUCUGUUUUUUUUCUUUCAGGUUUUGGAUGAUGUUUAUAUCAAUCAAUGAUGGCUUUGUA